GUCAGAGGGAGCUCUAAAGCUUCUUUACGGCCAGAUUCGAGUAUAUAUAGAUUCGCGGAUGCCUGGUUCUUGGGUCCAUCUCAGGCAGACAUCAAUCACAUCAAUCACAUCAACAACAAUAACAACAACAACAACAACCACUACUACUACUACUACUACUACCACUACUACCAUCACAACUUCUAUAAAGCAGCAGCUUCCUCGCAGCUUCUACACAAUUUGCCAACAGCAGCAAUCCCAGCAAUCAAUCACAAUUGAUUCUCAACUCAACUCAGGCAACUCUUCUGAAAACACCAACAACAUGUCUCUCAUUGGACACAACGGCGGCCUCUCCAUUGGCAAGGCUGAACGCCCCGGACCCUCUCUAGGCAAAAAGGCUGAGAAGCCCACUUCCUCCACCUCCUCUCCUUCUGGCUCUCGCUCUCCAAGCCUUGAGCGUCGCGGCCUAGGCCAGAUGCUCAACGGCAUCCUCCACGGACAGCGCCGGGAUGAGGCGUACCUCAGAGCAGACGACAGCAGCGAAACCGCUUCACUGUCGUCUGUUGCUACUGAGAAGAGGGGUCUAUUAGGAGGAAAGAGCAAGACCUCAUCACCAUCAAAAAGCUCCUCAUCUCGCAAAGAACCAAGAUUACCCAACAUCAACGAGAGCGCGGUGCCUCGCGGUGGAUUCCGAUAAGCACACCACUACUCAACUUCUUUUUGGACUAUUCUUUUCUUUUCUUUUCUUUCUUUUGUUGUUUGAUCGCGAAAUAGAGAGCUUUUUAAGAUGUACAGCACAGCGAGUGAAAGAGCAUGGUAUGAUAUUGGGACAGGGCGAAUGUUAAUGAUGAGUUACGGGCAUAUUAAACAGACAACUUGAUUGAAUUAUAGACAUAUAUUAUUUCUAUUUGAUUCCAAC